AUGACCCAAGCCAGCAGCACCACGGACGUGGAAAGUCCGCCGGAGAAAGAUGUCAAAGCUGUGACCGAAACGACAGAACCCGAAUACCCCCCCCUCACAAGAGCAAUCGUUGUGAUCUUUGCGUUGUAUCUGGCUGUUUUCUUGGUUGCACUCGACCAAACGAUCAUUAGCGUGGCAAUCCCAAAGAUUACGGAUCAGUUUAAGAGUAUCUCGGAUAUAGCAUGGUAUGGCAGUGCAUACUUCCUCACAUCGACGGCUUUACAACCCUCGUAUGGUCGAAUCUACAAAAUAUUCAGCGUCAAAUGGGGUUUUUUGGUGGCUGUCCUAAUCUUUGAGAUUGGGUCACUGAUUUGCGGAGUGGCGCCCUCCAGUACCGUUUUAAUUGUGGGUCGAGCCAUUGCAGGAGUUGGAGUCGCGGGUAUCUUCUCUGGCGCUCUCGUCAUUAUUUCCAUGACUGUCCCGCUCCCCAAGCGUCCUCUUGUGUUCGGCAUGUUCGGCAUGGUUUGGGGAAUCGCCUCGAUUGCGGGUCCCCUGCUAGGAGGUGCUUUCACAGACAGCAUCUCGUGGAGAUGGUGUUUCUAUAUCAAUCUUCCGAUUGGCGGUCUAUCCAUCGCCGUCAUUCUUUUGAUUCUCCGUCUUCCAAACAAGAACGAACACUCCGGAACCUCUGUUUGGGGCCGUAUUAAGCAGCUGGAUCUUCUGGGGGCGAGUCUUCUUAUCCCCACUAUCAUCUGUCUGCUACUAGCUCUGCAAUGGGGAGGGAACAAAUAUCCCUGGAACAACUCGCGGAUUAUCGGUCUUUUCAUCGGGUUCGGCCUGAUGGCCAUUCUCUUUGCCGUCUCUCAGCUCUACCUUGGGGAGCGGGCAACACUUCCACCUCACAUCCUCAAGCAGCGCACUGUUCUCUUUUCCUGCCUCUUCGCCUUGUUCUUUGGUGGCGCAUUUUUCCUCCUUGUAUACUAUGUUCCCAUUUUCUUUCAGAGUGUGAAAGGCUCUUCCGCCAUGAAGUCUGGCAUCCAGCUGCUUCCUCUGAUGCUAGCUACGGUCGUGUCCUCCGUGGUGAUCGGUGGCUCCAUCACUGCCGCCGGAUAUUACACACCGUUCCUAAUCGUGAGCUCUGCUAUCGCUGCCAUUGGCACUGGCCUGAUCACACUGUUCGACGUGGAUAUUUCCACUGGAAAAUGGAUCGGCUAUCAGAUCGUGGUCGGCGCAGGAGUGGGAGCGGGUUUCCAAGUCCCAAUGACCGCUGUUCAGACUGUCUUGAAAGCAGAAGAUAUCCCCGUCGGAACUGCUGCAGUAAUGUUCUUUCAGACACUGGGAGGAGCUCUCUUCAUCGCGGUCGGCCAGUCGGUAUUCCAGAAUGGUUUGAUUGAUGGAAUCGUCAAGUACGCUCCUGAGGUCAGUCCGAAUGUCAUUGUUGGCGCUGGUGCAACCGAAAUGCGACAUGUCCUCAGUCAAACAGGUCAGUUAGAUCAGCUUGGGAAUGUCAUUAAGGCCUACAUGAGUGGCCUGAGGGAUGCCUACCGGGUUAGUCUCGCCCUCGCCUGCGUCGCUUUCGUGGCCAGUCUCUUUCUGGAAUGGAAGAGUGUUAAGAAAGCCGGGGGUGGCAAAAAUGAUGAAGUGGCUGUGCCAGCUCUCUAG